CCAUUGUCAAAAUCCAACCGCCAUUCGCCAAUUGCCGAUUGCCAGGUAUUGAACUAACCCCUAGUUUUGCGCAAUAGUAGGCUAUAUAUCGCAAGUUCCAAGUUUUCACUAAAGGACCAGCUAGACCUCUCUCAGUCUCUGUGAGUCUGUUACUGGCUCCCGGAGGGUGCCAAAUUCACAUAUACACCACCGCCAUCCAGGGUAAGGAGUAGGGCCCCGAGAAAUAUAUCCACAAGUCUACAUUAAGUCACAACAACAAACAACAACAAGAUGUCCAAUGGAAUGCCGCCUCCGUACUCAGACCACCCCAUCCAGCAGGGCCCGCAAGUGCAGAGAAUCAUCAUCAUUCCCAGGCAAAAUGCUGCUCGGCAAACACGUUUAUGCGGGGGAUUAGCAAUAAUCUGCUGUCUACCAUUCCAGAUGAUAGCAUGCUGUUUUGGUCUUAAGCCGAAAAUGGAGCGUGUAAACCGUCUUGUGAUUUCUUUCUUUACAUUUGCUGCUAUUGCAUUGGCAGCUGGACUCCUGCUUGCAUUCGUCACAUACGGUAGCGACGAGUUUGAGGCGUCCCCCGCUGAUAUGCGUCCAAUGGAUAGGAAGUUCUCCUCCAACCUCUGUAGUCGUUUUGAAGUCACCAAGUCCAACGCUCCAGUCGAUGUCUACUUCUUUGAUAAGACGCCACCAAUACGUCAACACUUCCACAAGAAUUAUGUCAUUGAGGUUGAUCCACAGAACAUUGAUAGCAAACACUGGGAGAUGAUUAACUUCUACAUGUUGAAGGGGUCCCGCCUAGAGGUACAAACCCACGCAUCACUUACGUUCCCCAGCGUGGAGGUCUACGUUAUCAAGGGCAGCUACAACUUGGGAGAGUGGAUCGGUGACCAGGACUGCUGCUACCUCAAGAAGGACUCUUCAUCCAGCUUUGGUUGGAGUUACUUCGAUUAUAAUAUAACUGAAACUGAUGAGUAUUACAUCACGAUGGCCAUAGCUGAUUUUGGGUUCAUAAGUGGCGGUUCUAGUGCCACUGUAAAUGCAAAGUUCGGGUUGCAGAAAACCAUGUAUGACUGGAGAGAAGCAACGUAUGUUUGUGCUAACUAUACAGAUGGAGGUUGUGGUGUAGACCUGACAUUUGGCUCUGAACAAAUGGCUUUGGUGUACGCACCAGGUAGGGACCUAGAUGGUGCUUUGGUAAAGAAAUACCAAAUUGAAACCGUCUGCAAGCCCCGCAUUGCCAUUUAUGUCCCCUGCUUCCUUCUUGUGCCCUUGGUGGCCUAUGCACUGUGGGCACUGAUGCUGUGGUGCAGGUAUUCUGACAAGUCUGCCAGCACCAGUGGAAGUGAAGCAAACCCUGCACAGGCGCAGGUGGUAAGCACGCAUGACCAAGCUCAAUUAGUCCCCAACCAAGUACUCUAAGAUUUGGAUGUUUGAAUGAGACCGUGGUCACAUUGAAUAUUAAAAAAUUCUAUCUUCGAAUUGAAUGUAAGUUUCGUCGUUGAAUUGAAUGUCAUUUGGUCUCUUACCUAUUGUAAAUUUUUUCGCAACUGAACAGAAAGUAGUUGUAUGAUCAGUGUAUAGUGUAUUGAUUGAAUGAAAACCUUGUCUAUGACUGUAUGUCUGUCAGCAAGAAGGAAGUGAAUGUAUUUGAGGUACAUGAUAAGUAUAUAUAAGGUGUAUAUAGAAAUUCUAUGUGCUUAACAGAGCCCACAUGUUCAUAUUAUUUUGCGCUUCUUACAUUUUAUAGAUUUUUGAUCCGUCUCAGUCUGUGGACUCUUACCUGCAAAUAGUGGUAUACAAAUGUUUCUGUGCCUUUAUUUUUUUGUCCUUCAGGAUCAUUUAACUUAUAUAUCAGACCAGGAGCCCAGGGGGUCAACCUAGCUGAAAUACCUGGUAAUAAUAAAUGCACCGUGUGGCCAAAAAACGCCCUUAGUCAAUAAAGUGAUACAUACCCAUAAUUCAAUAAUGGUUGGUGAUAUUAGAUUGGCAUAUACCUAAUAUCAUUCAAGGAUAAUUUGAGUGUGGCCCCAAAGUUUCAUAAAUCUACCUUUUACAGUUGAUGUUUUGGACUAAAACUAAAACUAGCAAACUUGCUGCUUUGAAUUGUGCUUUUGAUGUGGUGUAUUCUAUUUACACAUGAAUCUCUUUCUAGCCCAUUAUUUAGCUCAGGUCCGGUCAUAAAACUCAAUGUCUGGUCAUGUAUCUUUUUAUCAAGAAACCUUCACUGUGUGAUCAUAAAAUGUGCAUUGUUAGAUCUGAUCAAACUUAACAUAGUGCUUAUAACAUUUUGACCUUGACCUAGUUUCCAAUGUCAGAAAGGUCAAACUCCGUUUCACUACUGUUUGUCACAGAUUCUACAGAUUUUAUAUGUAGACACCUAUUUGGUAUCUGUACAAGUUGACCCAAUUUAAGUCAACUGUGAACUAAUUUUGACCUAGUUAUCUAGUUCACAGAGGUCAAAUUCUAAAAGUAUCAUUGAUAGUGCCAUAUAUUAGUCAAUUUAACCCCCAUGUCUCAUUUCAUCCAGCUCUAAAUCAUUCCCAGGUGAGCACAAUGUCCCAAGGACAUUUCAUUUAAGAACAUCGCAUCUGCAACAGCUUGUGUGUUUUGGUAUUACUCUUAGUCUACAUGUAGCCUAUCUUACUAGUGUCGAGACUCUUAUCUUCUGUCUCUUCCUCAUUUGUUAAAACAUGUACUUAAUGAAAGAUGUUAAUAAAAAUCUGAAUUCAUCAGGAA